CCAGCCUAGGGCCUGCGUUCUCACCAUGGUGAAGUUGCUGCCUGCCCAGGAGGCAGCCAAGAUCUACCAUACCAACUAUGUGCGCAACUCCAGGGCUGUGGGUGUGAUGUGGGGCACACUCACCAUCUGCUUCUCUGUACUGGUCAUGGCCCUCUUCAUCCAGCCCUACUGGAUCGGUGACAGUGUUAACACACCCCAGGCAGGCUACUUUGGCCUUUUCUCCUACUGUGUGGGCAACGUGCUGUCCUCUGAACUCAUCUGUAAGGGUGGCCCGCUGGACUUCUCCUCCAUUCCCUCUAGAGCCUUCAAGACUGCCAUGUUUUUUGUGGCAUUGGCGAUGUUCCUCAUCAUUGGCUCCAUCAUCUGCUUUAGCCUCUUCUUUGUCUGCAACACGGCCACUGUCUACAAGAUCUGCGCAUGGAUGCAGCUGGCAGCAGCCACAGGCCUGAUGAUUGGCUGCCUGGUCUACCCCGACGGUUGGGACUCAAGUGAGGUGCGGCGCAUGUGUGGGGAGCAGACAGGCAAGUACACACUGGGCCAGUGCACCAUCCGCUGGGCCUUCAUGCUGGCCAUCCUCAGCAUUGGAGACGCCCUCAUCCUCUCCUUCCUGGCCUUUGUGCUGGGCUACCGGCAGGACAAGCUCCUCCCUGAUGACUACAAGGCAGAUGGAAAAGAGGAAGUCUGAAGCAGCUGAAGUUUGGUCAACUGUUUCCCUGACAAUGGAAAAUUAAGGAAUCGAAUGCUUCAGAGACAAAAACUUGUUCCUUCCAUGCUUCCCUGUCCCUGGGUACUAGAGACCUGAUGUUCCGAAGCCUUUUGCUAUAGGAUUAGAACGUGGCGUGUAUACAGAAAAUUUUCAGGGGCAAGCAGCCCCGCAGUGACCAACAUCAGAGAUAUUCAGAGAGAAAUGGGUGGUAUUCUUCUGAUGGGGCCCCAGUUCUCUUGUAUCCCUUUUACACCAGCGAUCACUUUACCCCCUCGAGGCCUCUCCUCUGUAAAAUGAGAGGGCUGAGUCCCCGUCUUGGGGCCUCCCAGGUCUGAGUUUCCCACAGCCAGCCUGCCUGAGGAUACAUUUGUUUGAAGGCACACUAGAAACAGCCACCCAGCUCUAAAAGGGUAGGGGAGGAAGAGGGGCUUGUAAGUGUGUUAGAUCAUUUCAAGUGGAGGUUUUAGGAGUCCUCUGUUUCUUUCUCACAUUUUUUUUUUUUUUUUAAAUUGCUGACUGGUGUGGGUAAGGAAGGGAGGGGCCACCAGAACCUGAAUCCAUCAGAAAGCCCUAUGAAGAUUGGGUGAACACAAGAUCUAAAAACUUAGGAGACUGACUUUCUCUCCUUUGGACCCCUAUAUUACCUUCCCUUAGUGCCCACACUGACACAAUCAGAACUGGGCACUGGCUUGAGAAAUUUGUUAUAGUAGAUUUUAUUUCUUGCAAAACAAAAACAAAAACAAAAACAACUCAGUACUUUGAAUUUGGCACUCUAAAUGGUGCAUCUUUUGCCAGCCUCCAGAGGGGAACUCAAUUUAGGUAAUACCUCCUUGUAGCAAACACCAAGACAAACAGGUUCUUUGGGCUAUUCCCUGUCUGGGGAUGGUGCACGGAAACCGGGUUUUGUUGGUCAUCCACAGUGGAUAAACCUGAUGAACAGGUGUUUUUUUCCUGGUCUUGUGCAGCACUCAGUAAAGAGAAAAAGUGGACGCUGGUAAGAGAGGGGAGGAGGUAA